GCCAAAUAAUAUAUAUAUAUAUAAUGUCAAACCCUCAAUCCCUUCAUGUAGUGUUGCAUGUACCAGAAGGUCUUGAGUUUGUAGCUGUUGAUGACAUUAAGGAAUCACUAAAAGGAAAGAUCACCGAGGAAGCGACUUUUCUCAGCGAACCAAAGACAGGACGAGUGCACUUGAUGGUUCAGACCACAAAACCGUCCCAAAUAAUACAAUCCCUCAAGUCAGCAACCUUAUUGAGCGUGUACAGCGUUACUCUAGUUGUCUCUGAAACCAAUAUCCCUCAAAGCACAUUCGAUGAUCCUCAACUGACAUACGACUUCACCAAUGAUGUAACCCUUGCCAGUCCCUGGGAAAAUGCUUUGGAGGCAGUGAGCAUAGCCUCAGGCUCAAAUAGCAGUGAUCUUGCUCCGACAUUUAGAGCAACAUUUCACAAAGGCCAAUUAAAGAACAGUGCACAAUCACAGAAAUUGGCAGGUUACAUCGGAUUUGCAUUCAGUCAGAGACACCCUGACUGGAAGGUCAAAUUGACAGAGUAUGAUCAAGAGGUGGUCGCGCUUUGGUUCCGGUCGACUGAAAAAGCCAUGUUGGAACGACUGGCUUCAUGUGCUGACCACGGAGAGGAUGGUCCUAUUGUUCUCUUGCUCGGCUUGACAAUUCCAAUCAAAGAUCCAAAAUAUCGCAACCGUGUGCAUGUUGGACGAACCAGUUUGAAUCCGUGUAUUGCCUAUUGCUUGGCAAGACUAGCAGAUCCAAAACCAGGUCAGGUUAUUCUGGAUAUGUGCUGUGGUACGGGCACAAUUCCUCUUGAAGGUGCUUCUAAAUAUCCAAGUACAAUGUGGAUUGGUAGUGAAGUAAAUCUGAGAACACUUUGCGUAAAGGCAAAGGGAAAUCUUGAACAUUCCGGUGUAAACAAUGUGGAUUUGAUGGUUGGUGAUGGCCGUUGUCUUGCCCUCCGUUCUGGAUGUAUUGAUACUGUUGUCUGUGACUGGCCCUGGGGUUUACGCGAAGGAUCCUAUUCUGCUAUUCAAAAGCUGUAUCCAAAGUUUAUCAAACAGAUAGGUCGAGUAUUGCCUACUCAUGGAAAGGCGCUUAUUGUUACUCAGGGUCAAAAAUUGUUCAAUAGAGUGCUGGCUUAUUCUUGGUCCAAAGAUAUGUGGACAACUGAUUCUAUUAUCCCCAUUGGUAUCGGUGGUUAUGAUGUAUAUCUCUACAUACUUAUCAAAAAAGAACCCAAGCCGUCUGCUGAGACAACAUCUUAAAACAACAACAACAACAACAACAACAAUAAUAAUAAUAGAGUCCCAUCUCUCGUAGAUUGUAUAUUAUACCUUUAUUUCUUUGCAUCAAUGAUCCAAGCAUUGUGUUUUUUUUUAUAAAUUAUAAAGUUGAAGACUAGACUUUUUUUUUUCUAAACUUGAUUUGCUUGGUAUAAAUGGAUGUUGAUGUUCAUUUUGAUCCAUAAUAUUUCACUAAUAAACAACACAGAUCUAGUACAUCGAAUAU